GAGUAGGGGGCGCUGGCGCUGCGGUUGCUACGCUUUUCGGUCUGAGAUCUCGGACUUCCGGACGGAGUUCCAGCAUCCUCAUCUUAAGCAGUAGCACACACCAAAGGCACCGAUCAGCAUAAAAAAGAAGGCCAGUCACACCAUUGCUUGCUCUACUUAUCGAUCGAUCAAACAGGUCCAAACUUCGCAACGAUCUCUCUAGACAACACCAAUCUACUCUUUGCCCCUCCCACUUGACAACGCAGUACAAUACAAAUAAUACAAUACAGACGGGUCUUCAUCAGCAUGAGCUCGACAGACACACCGCAACCGACGUAUUCACAAGGCCACAGCGCCAGCGUGGUCGCCUCGCACGUCUCCCGCACCGUCGAAAACUCGGCAUCCUUCCUGACACCACAUCUCAAGCCCGACUUCACCAUCGUGGACCUUGGCUGCGGCCCUGGGACCAUCACGCGGGGAUUCUGCGCGUUCGUCCCGGACGGCUCCGUGAUUGGGAUCGACUCUUCAGCCGCCGUCAUUGAGCAAGCGCGCUCCCUCGCCGUCGGCCUCGCAUCGGGGGAGUCUGAGUCGGGGGCUAGUAGUGCCGCAGAAGGCCUCAAAGGGUCCUAUGCCAACCUGCAAUUUCGCGUCGGCGACAUCACCGCCGCCCCUUUACCCUUCGACGACGAUUCAGUCGACGUGGUCUACACGCACCAAACGCUCAUCCACAUCCCGUCGCCCAUCAGGGUCAUCAGGGAAGCCCUUCGGAUCCUCAAGCCCGGCGGCAUUCUCGCGAUGCGCGAAGCGGACCACGCGGCCAAUGAACCGACCACGCCUCCCCUCGAGCAGUACUGGCAAAGUAUCUUCGCGUCCGCUCGGGCCAUGGGCGCUCAGGGCGAGGGCACGGGUCGGCGACUGCACCUAUGGGCUCAGGAGGCGGGCUUUGAGCGCUCGAAGAUGCAGAUCGGCGCCGGCGCGACCGUCUACACGGCGCCGGAUGAGGCCAAGUGGUGGGCUGGCGUGCACAUUGGUCGGCUUGACGGCGAGAUCGGCGAAAGGUGGCUGAGGGACAAGAUUGUCCAGAGUCAACACGAGAUCGAGGAUAUGAAGGCUGCGCUGAGGGCGUGGGGAGACAGCCCUGAAGCUUGGUAUUCGGUCAUGCAAGGAGAGGUGGUCUGCCGGAAGUAAGCAAGCGAGGGUGGUAUCAACAGAAAGUGUGUGAUGAUUCACAAGAUACUUACUACGUCUUUCUAUGCAAGUCGGAGGCGAGGCCGUCGGGUCCGACCUGAAAGCCAACAGUGACUCAAGCGUGCGGAAAUGCUGGGACAGAACACCAGAACGGCGACUGAUUGCAUCAAGAAUCGCAGCAAAUCUGGUGUAUUUGAUACUCAAUCCAGACCCAACUACAAGGCUCAUCACAUAUCGACAGCUUUGCAUCACACGAGUCUCAGCACGCCCAAGACUUCACCACCUCGUCCAUCCUGCACGAUCAGAACCGAUGCCUCAUUUUCGCGGGCCUCUCCUCGCCUGCCGACGUUAAAUCUAGUUCUCUCAUUUCCAGCCACGUACCCCAUCUUCUCCACGCCCGUCACGACGUUGACAUGCGGCAGUAUCCGACCAGCGUUCUCACCACGAUCGAUCCUCACAGAGUGCAAGGCUGGCAGAUACCGGACGUGCAGAACCUCCAGCGCGGAAGCAUUUGAACUUGUUGGCAGCUUGGGCAUCGACAAAGUACUAGUAUCCACCUCGACAACCACACCGCCAUUGCCCGUCUGCUGGACGACACUGAUUUUGACCCUUUGAUCUGCCUUCUUCUGGCCCUCACUCAGCACCCUCUGCAGGUCCGCACGGGUGUUUCCCACACCUACACCCAGCCCGUUGACCACGACCAUGGGCGUGUACGCGCUCUCUAAGCCCAACUUGCGGACAUACUCGCGCUGACGGGCGUCAUUGGCAGACAAACCGAACACGUCGGCCCAGCCGAGAUAGUCCCAGUACGUGACGUGAUAGGUGAGGAGAAGGUAGUCAUUGCCUGGGUCGGGGUUGUGUUCCUGGUCUUGGGCAAGAGAGAUCAGGUUGCUGUUCGUGGGGGGGCAGGAGUUGCACCCUUGCGACUGGAACAGUUCGAUUAGUGUCAUGGGCUUUUUGGGUCUGUUGGCAGGUGUUGAGUGGGAUUGGCGCAACAGGUGUUUGGUGUCGUUGAGCUCGCGGUAUGGGCCGUUGUGGAUUGGUGGUGCUAUGCUGCUGUGAUGGGAGUCGCCAUCAUGAAGGCCUUCAAUACGUGUGCGGAUCGACUUGAAUAUCGAUGACAUGACAGGCGCUGAAGAGUUGAAGUCGCGGCGCUGAUACUGCCACGUACUGCGUAUGUCGUUCUCAAAAGUGACUGCUUGUGUUUAGGUCUUCUCGGUCAAGUGGUUUGUCCAGGGCUCCGAUUACGCGGCGAACACCCAGGUUGCUCGUAACACAAAAAAUCGAUGGCACGGUUGCAGACGCGAAUGCAAUUCAUACCAGACGACUCCUUCUUUAUACGCCGCGGCAACCUCAUCUCAUCGGGUUGUUCGCUUGGUGAGAUGGUGUGGCUUGGAUGGCUGAUUGAUGCCAUAAUCAACACUUGCGAUGAUGACGCUAAACAACCGGCUGAGGCACAGCCUUGUAGCCCCAACCACGUCCAAGUAAAGUUGCAUUCUCAGA